AUGUCUUUUCGCGGAGGCGGUCGCGGUGGCUUUUCCGGUCGUGGUGGAGGUUUCGGUGGCCGUGGAGGUCGUGGAGGCUUCCAACAGUCCUUUGGGCCACCUGACCAAGUGCUAGAAAUGGGAACCUUCAUGCACGCUUGUGAAGGCGAGAUGGUUUGCGAAUCUAUCAAUCCCAAGAUUCCUUACUUCAAUGCUCCGAUUUAUCUGGAGAACAAGACGCCUAUCGGCAAGAUUGACGAAGUCCUCGGGCCCAUCAACCAAGUAUACUUCACCAUCAAACCCCAAGAUGGCAUCGUCGCAACAUCCUUCAAGGCCGGCGACAAGGUCUACAUCGGUGGAGACAAGCUCCUUCCUAUUGAGAAGUUCCUUCCCAAGCCCAAGCCCCCACCAGGUGCCGCGAAGCCCAAGAGAGCAGGCGGUGCCCGCGGUGGCGCUCGUGGCGGCCGAGGCGGUGGUCGUGGUUUUGGUGGUGGCUUCGGUGGUGGUUUCGGUGCUUCUCGCGGCGGUCGCGGCGGUGCUCCAAGGGGUCGCGGUGGUCCCCGGGGUGGAAGCUUUGGCUUCCGUGGUGGUAGCGGUGGAAGAGGAGGUGGCCGCGGAGCGCCUCGUGGAGGCUUCCGUCGUUAG